CUCUUCUCUCUUCUCUCUUCUCUCUGCUCUCUUUUCUCUCUCCCCCAGGCUGGCCUCUGCAGAGCCAUGGCUUCUUCCUUCACUGUCCCCAGCCUUCAACGCCCUCUGCUUCACAAAUCUCACUUUCUAGGCCAAGGCCAUUUCCCCAACAAUCUCCAGAAGGCCUCUCUCUCAAGAACCAGAACACCCUUAACUGUAAAAGCCAGUGCCAAGUUCGACCUCUUUGGAAUCAUGGGAGGAAGAGGUCUCUGUAAUGGCGAAGAAGGCCUUCAACAAGAACUCAAGAGGAACAUAGAACCAGCCCCAUCUCCGGAUAGUGUCAAAGAUGAAGAAAAACCAGCAUUGGCAGCUGUUGAUGAUGUUCCAGAAGAUGGUUUUGAUAAGGAGUUGCUAGGUUUAACCGGCGGUUUUCCUGGUGGCGAAAAGGGUUUGAAACAAUUCCUAGAGAAGAACCCACCUCCGGAGAAAACUUCAGGAAACAUAAUUGAGAAUGCAAGAUUAAGGAAGCCAAAACCACCUGAAUUGCCACUACUGAUGCCUGGUAUGAUUGCCAUUGUGAAGAACCCAAAUAAUCCUUUUUACAUGUAUUGUGGCAUUGUACAGAGAAUAACUGAUGGCAAGGCUGGUGUUCUGUUUGAAGGAGGGAAUUGGGACAGGUUAAUUACUUUCCGGCUUGAAGAGCUCCAACGUAGGGACAAGGGACCUCCAAUGAAAAAUCCCAAGUCUGCGAUCCUUGAAACUCUACUUGAACAGGAGGCAUGACCAUUCACUGUUUUUUCAUCUCUCAGUUGUAUGUAAGAAUAUUUGUAAGCCUCUUACUUUGAUAAUUGCAACUUAGACAGCCGAUUGGUUGAUUAUAAACAGUUUUGUAAUAUCCCAUGUUGCAUAGAAGAAAAAAUUGCUGAUCCUACA